GAGAGUAGCUUGUGAUGAUCCCGACGAUACUGAAAGUUCCCUGGGGAUUUGAGUCAUGUGAGAAUUUUGUACAUUAUAAUUCCCUUUGGGAUAUACUAAAUGUGAAAGGGAGGGAGUAUCACGAUUCUCGAGUCCGUCAGGUUAGUGUGGGAGGUUCGUUGUCAUCACCUGCAGUGAUGAUUCCAGUCUUCAAUAAGCGAGAAUGGGUAAUAAUAUUCCUUCAUCCGUACUUGACAGCCAUCAUUCGGAUGGAAUAACGAUAAUGAACAAACAAACGUUCAGAGUAAAUACAGGUCGAAAAAAUCAAGUCCUGCUGAUAAAUAUGACACUUCGAGCACUUUUCUUCACAAUUGCAAUAAAAAUCACCAGUGAAUUCAUUGCGGAUAACCCCUUCAUUGGAGUACUUACAUCUAAAAAGUCACUUACAGAUAUCUGCAUCCCAAAUGAUCCCAGCCUUGUCAUGUGGAGUUUGAACGAACAACAAAUCUAUUGGAGAGGAAAGCCACACCACAAAGUUCCGAUAAUCUGUUCAUCGGGCUGUGAUAUCCGGAUCACAUGGAGCAAGAAGACACUGAAUAUCGAACUCUAUGUAAAGUCAGAAAGCGGUAAAAUCCAGACAGACAACGUCCCCAUGGGAGAAUUAGGCUCUGAGCAACUAUGGCCUGUUUUUGGAGCCACAACUGUUGGUAAAAACACGCCAGUACAAUUUGAAAUACUUGAAAGUAUAACACAACAGGUGGAACUACACGACAUGACAGACGCAGUCAGGUUUGUCAAUGCAGGAGGAAAGAUCUCAGUGUCAGAGGACGGUCGUCAGGUGUACAGAUCCAACAAAGACAGCGGGAACAGCGUGGCUCUCAUCAACAGAGUCCUGGCUCACGGGAAACACACGUGGAAACUGGCCGUCAUCAGUGACUUUGGUGCCAGCAUCGGGAUGGGGCUGGCCACGUACAACUUUGAUCUCUCCGACAAGUAUCGCAAUGAUCCUCUAACGCACGUCUACCGCCACCAGGGCCUCUACAUAUGGCGAUCUUACAGAGGCCACCUCUACUCUAAUGGGACGCAGCUAUCCCACUCCCUCGAACCUCUUGGGUGGCAAAGUGGUGCCACUGUUACGGUGGAGCUGACUCUCGAUAUGAGGGAAGGUACGCUGGAAAUAGCGAAGAACGGAAGAUAUCUCGGAGUGGCCUUCAGGGACAUCAGAGGCCCCGUACAGCCUGCAAUUGCUCUGUAUGCCGGAUACGAAAAGGAGAUUCAUCUCAUUGAGUUCCAUUCAUCAGAUGAUUCUAUUGAGGAUGUGGUGGAGUCAGACAGGGCUUUGGUGAAAAAGACAGAGGGGAGGGAUAGUGUAACAUUUGAUGCCAUUUCAAAGAUGGGUAAACUAGUACUGUCGGAAGAUGGACUUACUCUUACGCGAGAAAGGGAGCAUUCUGGGAACGCCUACUGUCUCCUGGACAUCACUCUCUCCAGUGGGUUCCACAGAUGGUCCUUCGUUAUCCAAAAUGACCAGGGGGCGAGCACGUGUCUAGGGGUGGCCAGAGAACCAAUCACUCACAACAACAAGAGCUGUAACCUGUACCUGUGUCGGGAUCUCUACGUACUCCGAUCAUUCCAGGGGAUUCUCUACGCGGAGGGCAAGGAAGUAAGGAAAGGUCUGAGCGAGUUUUGGUUGAGCGGCUCUCUCGUGGAGGUGUCGUUUGAGCUCCAGCCUCGUGGGGGAGUCGUACGGUUCUCUGUCAACGGAGAGGAUCAGGGAAUCGCAUUCUCCGGCCUCACCCCUCCUCUCAGACCAAUCGUCGGAUUCUACGCCGGCAUGGAGAAGAAAGUGACACUCGUCCACUACGAACACAUUCACCUUGACCCCCCUAAUUCUUCGUCCAGACAGGAACAGAAUAAAGUGCAUACAGACAACACUCACCACUCCAGUAAACAACACCCUAUGCCUCUCGCUCUCGGUCCUUCUAAAAUUAGUAUGUACUACUCGACAUGUAUGGUGUGCGGGUCUCCCGUGGAUGUAGUAGCUUUGCCUUGUAAACACUCUUAUAUGUGUGCCGAGCAUCUUCAAUUGGGACGUAACUGCUUAAUAUGUGAUGAGCCUGUAACUGGUGUUUGGAACAUAUUGCUUAUGUAAUGUUUAAUGUUGUAACAUUCUUAUAAAUGUAUAAUCCAAGAGUUUUCUUAUAUUAUUACAAAUUAAUGCAUGUCUGAGAUGAGAUGUUAACCAG